AUGCUGGCUGAAGGCCGGAGGAGGACGCACCGAGUCCGAGGCCCCAGGCUGCGCACCAGUGAGAGCCGGCGCCCGGAGGUGCCCAUGUCUUCCGGCGUGGCCCCGGCUAAGGAGCCCAACGCUACGGGCCCCAAGGCCGUGGAACUCGUCCUGGUCAAGGAGCGGAAUGGGGUGCAGUUCACCAGCUCCGCCCUCACCAACCCCACGCAGACGCCCGUGGAGACCCAAGAACGAGAGACCUGGAGCAAGAAGGUCGACUUCCUCCUGUCGGUGGUCGGCUUUGCCGUGGACCUGGCCAACGUCUGGCGGUUCCCCUACCUGUGCUACAAAAACGGCGGCGGCGCCUUCCUGGUCCCCUACCUGCUCUUCAUGGCCGUUGCCGGGGUGCCGCUCUUCUACAUGGAGCUGGCCCUGGGGCAGUUCACCAGGGAAGGGGCCGCGGGCGUCUGGAAGAUCUGCCCCCUGCUGAAAGGCGUGGGCUUCACGGUCAUCCUCAUCUCCCUGUACGUGGGCUUCUUCUACAACGUCAUCAUCGCCUGGGCGCUGCACUACUUCUUCUCCUCCUUCGCCGCGGAGCUGCCGUGGGUCCACUGCAACAACACGUGGAACAGCCCCGACUGCGUGGACGCGCGCUCCGCCGGCCCCGGCUCGGGCCCCAACCACACCCUCCACACCACGCCCGCCACCGAGUACUUCGAGCGAGGCGUGCUGCACCUUCAUGAGAGCCGUGGCAUCGACGACUUGGGCCCCCCUCGGUGGCAGCUCACAUCCUGCCUGGUGCUGGUCAUCAUCCUCCUCUACUUUAGCUUGUGGAAGGGAGUGAAGACUUCUGGGAAGGUUGUGUGGAUCACGGCCACCAUGCCGUACGCCGUCCUCUUUGCCCUGCUUCUUCGAGGACUCACUCUCCCUGGGGCCGUCGACGGCAUCCGAGCGUACCUGAGCGUAGACUUCCACCGACUCUGCGAGUCUUCUGUCUGGAUAGAUGCCGCCACCCAGGUGUGCUUCUCGCUGGGCGUCGGCUUCGGGGUGCUGAUCGCCUUCUCUAGCUACAAUAAGUUCACCAACAACUGCUACAGAGACGCGGUCAUCACCACUUCGGUCAAUUCCCUGACGAGCUUCUCCUCCGGCUUCGUGGUCUUCUCCUUCCUGGGGUACAUGGCCCAGAAGCACAGCGUGCCCAUCGGAGACGUGGCCAAGGACGGGCCCGGGCUGAUCUUCAUCAUCUACCCCGAGGCGCUGGCCACGCUCCCGCUGUCCUCGGCCUGGGCCGUGGUUUUCUUCAUCAUGCUGCUCACCCUGGGGAUCGACAGCGCCAUGGGCGGCAUGGAGUCGGUGAUCACCGGGCUCACCGACGAGUUCCAGCUGCUGCACCGACACCGGGAGCUCUUCACCCUCUCCAUCGUCCUGGCGACCUUCUUCCUCUCCCUCUUCUGCGUCACCAACGGGGGCAUCUACGUGUUCACGCUGCUGGACCACUUCGCGGCCGGCACGUCCAUCCUCUUUGGAGUGCUCAUCGAGGCCAUCGGGGUGGCCUGGUUCUACGGCGUGCGGCAGUUCAGCGACGACAUCCAGCAGAUGACCGGGCGGCGGCCCAGCCUGUACUGGAGGCUGUGCUGGAAGUUCGUGAGCCCCUGCUUCCUCCUGUUUGUGGUCGUGGUGAGCGUCGUGACCUUCAGGCCCCCGCACUACGGAGCCUACGCCUUCCCCAAGUGGGCCAAUGCCCUGGGCUGGGCCAUCGCCUCAUCCUCCAUGUGUAUGGUGCCCGUCUACGCAGCCUACAAGCUCUGCAGUCUGCCCGGCUCCCUGCGGGAGAAACUGGCGUACGCCAUCACACCUGAGCAGGAGCGCGAGCUGGUGGACAGCGGGGAGGUGCGCCAGUUCAGGCUGCGCCACUGGCUGCUGGUGUAGAGGACGCAGAGGCCGGGGGGCCCCGCCGCGGGAAGCCGGGCUUCGGGAGAGACGGCUGCUCGG